GCUGAUUAGCGAUUGAAUUUACAACGCAUCAAGAUUGAGCAACAUCGCGUACUCGACAUGCGAAAAACUGAAAUAUUCUUCUCCGUUCGCAGAUCGUUGAGUACAGUUUAGGGUGUCCUUAGAGAAGACUUCGUUUUUUGUUUCACCACGACUGAAGCCGAAGAGGAAAACAUGCCUUUGCGUCAAUCCUCGUCCCGGUCCCGACCUAUUCCUCCUUAACCACGACAGCGCACGUUGUGCGCGCCGUGAAAGCUCAGCCGAAGUAUACAACGACCACUAGGUACUAGUGUUGGAUUCGCCACUAACAUGACGAGAAGAGACAAUAAUGGGGCGAGAGGAUCCGCAGACCCGCCUCCCUCCGGUCGCGAAGUGGACGAUGAUGAAGAGGCGACGAGACAGAGGGAAGAGCGGAUGCAAGCGCGGCGGCAACGAUGCGACCAGCUUCUCGCGGUUGCGGACGGCGCGGAGGAGAACCGGGAAAACAAAGGGCAAACGCAACAGCAGCAGGAAGGGACAGCUAGCUCUACUAGCGCCAGCGGGCAAAGCCUGGGCCGGCAUCCUGGUCCUCCGUCCGACCACGACGAAGCUACUUCCACCAAAUCUGUGUCCACGACGCCCUUGGAGGCCACGCAGAGCGGUGUGAACACGGAUCCGGAGGACAAAACCGGCAGCCGCCUAAUAUGCAUUGCAAAUGUGAUGUCUGGGGGUGGAUCAUGGGCGCAUCAAGUUUGUCAUGCCACGACUUGAGUUGGAUUUCAUUGUGCUUGAGCUUGUGGUGCAUGUACAACAGAAAAACAGCCGCGCAGAAGAGAACUUUUGAUGAUCAAGAAGAGGACAGUAAGUGACUUUCCAUGCAAAGUGGGCACUCUUGGGAAGUUCUCCAAAGAACUUGUCAUCCAACGGCCUGCGUUACAGAAUUUUAGUUUUGCUAACUUCCGGACCACAAGUGGCACAGUUGUGAGUCUAGUUCAAAGACCUUCAGCAGUCGUGCUCCUGCAGACCCCCCGGACAUGAUUGCAAAGCAUACCUGCGCUCGCUGUAUAGCAACACACUGCGGAAACUCAACAAGGACGUAGAGGACUCCAGAAGCAAGAUAACGGCUGUGCAUUCCCAAGUCCAAUUUAGUUGGGAUGAGGUUCAUCGUGUCGUCGGUGACGGGCAGUGGGAGGUAGAUCUCGUGCAGAUGAAAGCUACAAUCAGGAAGCUGGGCUACAUGAAUCAGGACCUGUGGCGACAGAUUGACACCAUUGCAGCCGGUCGGGGCCACGCCGCUGCCAAUCCAUCUGCGACUACUCGCGCACUCAUAAUGAAGUUCAACAAUGUAUCCUAUGUAAAAACGUCCCCACCCACGAAUCAGAAUCAAGAAGUAGAUAGGGACUUUCCCAUCAAAGUCAUCAAGUUUAUUUAAGUAUAGUGCAUGACAAAUUUGAUCUGAUAGCGUAGUGCUGUUUAGCCUGUUCAACCGCAUCGAAAAUCCACUGCCUUGCACUUAUUCCAGCAUGACGAGGAGCUCCAACAAAUUACUAGCAUUAGAAAAAAAUAUGUCCCCUGUCCUUGUGGCUGCGCAUGAGAAAGAUUUAUUUUCGGCUCGCAGAUUCAUAGCAUGACAUUGACAACUUCUGGGCGGGAACGUUUUUACACAGAAUACCAAAAUCCUAGUUACUCUAGCCUGAAGGACGCCGUGAGUGCGGUGCAAGACGAUGUGGACGACGUGAAGGUUACCGCAGCUGAGCUGGAGACGAACUAUGGUCGACUUUUUGAAGACUUAUUCACUGGAAAGUAACCGUUCCCAGCGAAUUUGUCAUGCAAGACAUGUAGGUAAAUUCAGUGUUUGUCAUGCAUAAUGCAGGAAAUGCAGGAGGGAAUGGCCAAUUUUCAGGGAAUAAGACCACUCGGCGGAGGAUGGAGCGCCGAUGUUCGUGAUUCAGCAGGUCGGUCUCUUCCAGUAUGGCGUUCUCAAAUGUUACAUUCACAACUGUUACAUGAUUUGUCAUGCAAAAACACUAUCGCUCUUACUUCACACGAUCAAGCCUUCUCCGCAUGACAACUUCUCGUCGCGCUAGAUAGCAUUAUAAUCUGCUCCAAACCUGUAAUGCAAAAGGCCCAAUCUUUUCCCUUUCACUUUUGCCGUUUUUGCAUGACAAAUUUCAUGUAACAGUUGAGAGUGUAACGUUUGAGAACGCCAUAUCCACCAGAAUCUCCAGCAGCAACUGCUCCUGCUUGAGCAGAGCAUGGAAACAAACAAGAAAAAGUUACUACGCCUGCAGGGGAACAAGGGCCCAGUUGCAGAGGACGCACUACACGCGCCACAAGGAUCAUUUUCGGCUGCACACGACGUCGACGGAGGACAAACCAGUAGCAAAAUUUCCCUUGCUGGGGCUAAAGUCACCAAAAAUGCAGCACACCGCCUGUCGGCCAGCAAAGGUUCGGCACUCACAACGGCGCCCAGCAGCCGAAACAGUAAGAGCAGUAUUCUCGGCGAGGACGGCAGUACAGCAAAUUUCGACGACGAAGAUUUUGAAAUCGAGGAUUCGAGCUCCGAUACCGCAACUGAGAACAGAGCAGGUGGAAGCAAACUCGCUAUGCUGAACAGGGGGCACAUGCAGCUACAGUCCCAUGCGGACGACGAAGAUGUUCCGAAUUCGAGCUGUGGCGAAUCGUAUGCGUUGCAAAUAAAGUAUCGUGGUGCUCCGUGCCAGUGGAAGCUGCAUUGCAAUUAUUACUUUGUUUGUAGAACAGAAAUGCUGUUUGUCAUGCGAGUUUAGGUGGAAAGAAGCAAAUCUGUUAGACAUCACGUCCGGUAGCGGUACUGAAUUGCUCGUGCCCUUCUCGGCCUCGGGGUGCGAUACUUCUUCUGCAAGGCAUAAAUCGAUUUUGUCUACAAUUUCCUGCGGAUGCUGCCGCCGGAAACGGUACAACGCCUCCAGGAGCUUCGGCUCGACCUGUUUGGCUGGAGUACAGUCACCCUGGUUCAUCCUGUUGUACCCGUUCCUUCUCUAUUAUGGUCGCGCUCCGUGGGAAAUCGCCUUCGGCACAGUGGAAGUUUUUUGUGGUUCUUAUGCAUGAUGAGUUCAAUGUCAAUCGUUGCUAUGUAGUGCAAACGGACUUUUUAUUCAAGUUCAAGUAUCAAAGGAGCUUCUGCUGUACCUCUUGCAUGCCUGAAAGAAAAAUCUGUGUUGCAUAGCCAGCAAAGACGGCGGUUUUGUGCUAUUCAUACUUGAGGGGCAAUUUGUCGUGAUAAGCGUGCUAAACAUCGGGCUGCGUCAAAUGAACUUGUCAUGCUGGGGUGCGCUUGAAAGCACUAGAAGUACCCACUCUGUAGCAUCACAAAUUUCAUCCCAACCCAGACGACAUAUAUACAAGGCAUAGUGUCAGUGGUCAGGCAAUGCCUGCAACCAUUUCCUGCUCCAAUUUGUUGUCGAUUUUCCACGCGGCGCUUCCAUAUUCACGGAAUUUACCUCUACUGCAGCGGCUUCGGCGAUCUGAAUCAGAGCAGGAAAGGCGCAAAAAGGCAGGUACAGGGAAUGUUGAUUCAUCGGCGUCAUUGAUUACCAGCACCCUUCGUGUUUUUUCUGCUCGUCCUCGUAGUACUGGUACUAGAAGAAUCUCCUGCACGAAGGUGGGACAGUCGUUGUCUUUUGUUCCCAGAAAUGUGUUCAAAAAUCUGACUUCCGACAGGUCCGAGCCCCUCGCUCUCCUCUUUCUCGGGUGGCGAGGACGUUACCCGGACGGCUUUCCGCUCAGGUUUGUUAUGAUUCGGAUCUGGAUGUUUUUCGUCGUUACGUCGAAGGAGGUGGAGUUCUAGCGCCAUUGAACCGGGAAGGUGAAUCACGGAAGGAAGAACUCCCGGGUGCGGCAGAGCCUACUGCUGGCGCUGUCACAGCAAUGCAGGAAGAGGGGGCUGUGGUCGAUGAGGCGCGAGGUCUGCAGGCGUUGGACAACAAAGUAGUGAAUUUUGAUUGCUGAGAGGCCUGUUUCGUACAAUUGGUCAUUUCGCAAUAAAAGUGAUCUAUCAGGUGCUGCAUAAGCUUCCAUACGACGUGUUGAUGAAGUUCGUGUUCUUCGUGAACGAUCUCGUUUGAUUUUCUUUUGCAGCUCCAGGUCCAGGGAAAUAAUCUAGUACCUGAUCCUGCAGCAUCUUCAAGAGAAUGAAAAUACAAUACUUCUCGUCCAGGUAGCAAACCUCACACUGUGGCUGGAUGAGUUUGCGGGGACCUAUGAAGCCAAAUGGACAGCGGCGCUCGACGAGUACAAAACGGCGUGGAAGGAAGUGCUGGAUAAGUACAUGAGCGGAAGCCUGGAACCAGCGCUCGAUGUAUCAAAUGCAAAAGUGUCUUGGUCUGGAAGAAUGCAACUUGUGAUGCUGCAUUUGGAUGUCUAGUAGAAAAUUUGUGCUGCAUGAGCAGCAAAAGCAAUCUAAUUUUCGCUAUGCGGAGAGGGCAUUUGUCAUGCGGAAUAGGCAUCAAGAAUCCAUUAGAAAACCUGGGAUGCUAGUGCACACAUCACGGACAUCAUGGCGCAUGUAAACCGUGCGUGACACGUCUCAGAAUCUUCCAGACCCAGACACUUUUGCAUUCGAUACGAUGAGGCGCGCAACAAAACCAAAAAGCUCUUUGACGAGUCCAAGAAAAAAAUGUAUGACGAGAUCAAGAACGACUUGAUUGAAUUAGCGAAGCGGAUUGAAGAAGGCGAAAAGAUCGCGAAAGAAAAAGCAAAGAACGCCACCCAGCAGCUAAUACAAUUGGGCAACGAACUAUUUCACUAUGAUGCUCUCAAACGUUACACUGAUUGUUGUUACUCACCUGGUCGUUCUGUGAUACAAGGUAGCAAAAGGGACAGGGCAAAGGCAGGGCGGAUGCGGAACCUUAGACGUUUCGAAUUACAGACCCGGCACAGAUUUAUGUAAGUGCUAUCCAUCACUUUUUUCGAGAAUUUGUUAUGGGAAGUCGCUUGGUUAUGUGGAUGGUGAUGUGGGUCGCGACAUUUGUCGAAAAAAUCAUGUAACAGCAAAGAGUGUAACGCUUGAGAACUCCAUAUUAUCAGCUAGAACGCGGCCGGCUUGCGCUAGUCCUUGCUGCCUACGACGGAAUCCGCAAGCAACUUCGACUCUGUCUAGCAGGCGGCAUGGUAGUCUUAACAAGCUGUGUAAGUCGAGGUUUUCGUUCUGAUCAGUUUCAGUGCAGAGCGGUCUCGGAACAACGAUGACUGUUACUGUUUAUCAGCUACACAGAAAAUGACCUUCGUUUUGUAGUUUUUUCGGACAAAAAAGCAUCGUCAAGAAAAACAAACACCUUCUACCACAGGAUCCUUUCUCGGAAGCACGACCGGCUACCGGUGUUGGCUGUCUUGGAGUCGAAACUUUGCUUCUUCCACUUCCAUCGAUUUCUUGAAGUACUUGGUCGUCCAGAACAAAUCCAGGUCAGACGAGAUUCCUGGUGAGGCUGCACUUCUACCCCAUCUUUUACUUUUACAUCAUCGUGACCCGACAAGAAGACAACAUUGUAAAAAAUUAAAUGAAACAGCAAUCCCUGAUAUCAAUUGCAGAUGUGUCUGGGUCUGGAAGAUUGCAAGAGUUGUUAUGCGUAUUUGCAUCAGCAUGACCCAACAUGUAGUUAUCUGUGAAGGUGCGUGGAUGUUGCUCAAGCAUCACAGAUUUGGUGACAGCCUCCUGAUGCCUAUAUCACGAGCAAAAUGACCUCUCAGCGUAGCGAAAAGUGGACUCUCCCCGCUUCUCACGCAAUACAGAUUUUGCACAAUCCAAAGGCUGCAGCUGCACCUUGCAGGCCCAGAUAUAUUUGCACUGUAUACAUGUGUAUACUUGAGUUUAAUUUUUGCCAUGCAAAAUGCGAGAACAUCUACUUACAUCAGCGACAAGAGACCACGGGCACCUUGAACGUAAACAUCUUGUUUCUGAAAGCUGCGGACUUUUCUUAGUCUAACCGGACGAUCACACCAACUGAUUUUGCGAUGGAAGCACUCCUGGUGCAUCGGUCAUAGAAGAUUCACACU